AUCUCACGGAUCGGCCUGAUUGUUCACAAAACCAAAUCGCAGGAUUUCCAGGUGCUGGCGGGCUCAGCAGGGUUCCUCAUGGCCGCCUAUUGUGUCGGUGCGGUUGGCGGAGUGUGUGCGCUGGCUAACGUUCUGGGCCGCGAGGUGUGUGAGCUGGAGCGUCUGUGUGUGUCGGGGCGCUGGCAGGAAGCCAGAGUCCUGCAGCAGCGCCUCAUCGAGCCCAACGCCGCCGUGACCAGGAAGUUGGGAGUCCCCGCCCUCAAGCAGGCGAUGGAAUGGUUCGGUUUCCACGGCGGCGCCUGUCGGUCUCCUCUUCAGCCGCUGAGCCAGGAAGAGACUCUAACACUGAGAAAAGACUUCUCUAACAACGGCUGGCUGUGAGGUGUGUGUGAGGUCUGUGUGAGGUGUGUGUGUGUGUGUGAGGUCUGUGUGAGGUGUGUGUGUGUGUGUGAGGUCUGUGUGAGGUGUGUGGAGUCCAAAAUAAUCUCACAGGUUACAUUAAACCCCAGGGAGCGAAGACGAACCGCAGUUUUGUCAUGCAGGAUUCUUUGCAUUCUUAAUAUGUAGGUCUGCAUUUGAUGAUGCUAGACCUUUAAAUUGAAGUCCAGACUUGCCAGAAACAAGGACACUUCCCUCUGUGUAAUACACAUCACUGUUUGUAUGCAUAUACAGUGGAGGAAAUAAGUGUUUGAUCCCUUGUAGAUUUAGUAAGUUUGCCCACUUACAAAGAAAGGAACAGUCUAUCAUUGUGAUGGUAGGUUUUUUUUUAACGGUGAGAAUAUCAAAAAGAAAAUCCAGAAAUUGACAUUAUAUAAAAUGUACAAAUUAAUUUUCAUUAAACUGUGGGAAGUAUUAUUGUGGGCAAACUGAAGUGUGUGUGUGUGUGUGUGUGUGUGUGUGUGUGUGUGUGUGUGUGUGUGUGUGUGUGUGUGUGUGUGUGUGUGUGUGUGUGUGUGUGUGUGUGUGUGUGUGGACAUUUACAUUUGUUACAGCAGAUAAGAGCCAAAGACAGCUUAAUGUUAACUAGGAAGCAUAAAGAUUGACACUGCUAAAGAAAUUACACAAUUUACAAACUAAAACAUAUUGUAACAGUUCUGAAAAAAGUUAAUCUAAUUAAGAUGCACUUUAUUAAUCAAAUGUUCCCUCUGGUGUUAUUUACAUUACAUCACACACACGCACACACGCACACACACACACACACACACAC